AUGUCAUACUAUUGUUUUGAAACCACGAAAAACCAGCGACUCGUAAGUCCUUACGCUCAGUACGGUCAACCACCUUAUCCAACUUCAAGAUCUGAAAUUGUCGCACAAAUUAUCGCCGAGACGAUUGAUGAAGCCACACAGAUUAAGAUAAAGAAGCACACGACGCUUCCUUUGCCGGAACUCAUCACACCGAGUGUAAAUGUCAGGACCGUCAAGAAUCCGAGACCACAGAACAGCUUCGUGAUUUACCGCAGAAACGUCCAGGCUGAAAUAGCGAAGGAUAAAGGAACGAAUGCUGCCGGGAGGUUGGACUUUGUUUCAAAACAUGCCGCGAAGAAGUGGAAACAUGAGAGUCAGGAGGUCAAGGAACUUUAUGGUUUUCUAGCCACAUGCGCAAAAAAGGUUCACGAUUACAUGUAUCCGGGGUAUGUUUACCAACCCAAGAGACAAGCGACAACCAAUGAACCGAUGAUUAUGGUACACGAACCCGGUGUGGGUGGUUACAAGUUAAAACAGACGAUGCCAUCUCCCCCACAAACCCCUUUGUCAUCACCCCCGCAAAUGAGAGCGUUGAGAUUCUCUCAGGUUCCCCCGCCACAGACACCACUACCCUCGCCGUUUAAACCCCAACCGAUAUCAGGUCAUUUGUACGAUCAGAGUACGCCAUUCGUGCUGUCACCACCGCCGUCGUUGUCACUUCCUCCUCCAUCAGCACUGGAUAUCAGCGAUGGUGCGAUAUCACUAAAUGCCAUGACAACAUAUGAUCAAGGGAUGUUUCGGAUCGCGGUGCUAUUUUUACUAGCGAAUUCGUGA